CUCCCCCAGGAUGAUGGAGCUGAUCUACCAGAAGCAGAAGGAGCGCGAGGAGCGGGAGAAGCGGGAGACCAUCGAGCGGGAGAAGCAGCGCCGGAAACAAGGCCAGGAGCUCCUCCUCAUCCGCCAGAAGCUGCAGGAGGACGAGAUGAAGAAGCUGGCCGAAGAGAGGCGGCGGGAGAAGAUGGAAGAGAAGCUGGCCAAGCAAAGAGUGCGGGAGAAGAUAGAACGGGACAAGGCCGAGAGAGCCAAGAAGUUUGGCUGCAGUAGCGCUACCCAGGCCUCCCCCGUGACUGACCAGAUGGAGCCCAUGCUUAUCUCCUCCCCCAGCCAGGAGCUCCCCGUCAAGCGAGAAUACGAUCAGUGCAAGAUACAGGUGAGACUCCUGGAUGGCACCUCUCUGACUCACACCUUCAAAGCCAAGGAGCAACUGGCAGCCGUGCGGCUGUAUGUGGAGCUGAACCGCAAAGAUGGUGGCGAAGACCCUUUUCACCUCCUGACGAGUUUCCCCCGGCGGGUUUUCACUGAGGAAGACAUGGAAAAGCCCCUCCAGGAGCUGGGCUUGGUGCCUUCCGCCGUGUUGAUAGUGGCCAAGAAGGGGAACAGCUGAGCGGCUCUCUUCGCUUGCAACGAACGGUCGGUUGUGGCUUUCCCUCCUUCAUGCCGGUUGUUGGAGGCUGACCUAGCCUGUAGUCACUGGGUGCCACCGUAGUGCGCCAGCCCCGUCCCCCCCCUUCUCCCCAGAGACUCUGAAACAGCAGCCCCUUAACCCAGGGAUACUGAAACAGACAUUAUGUGGGUAGAAGAGUUGGAGAGGAACCAGGAUUUGCAGCUGGAUACACCCCCACAAAGCCAGCCCUGAAUAAAACCUCUUCACUCUGGUG